AUGUUCUGGAGUCGCCGUCGAAAAGGAUCCGAUGCCCGGCGAUCCACUGACAAGCCCCGAUCCAGAAGGGCAAGAUGGGAAAUCCAAGAGCGCAUCAAUGUGCUGAACCAAAGACUGCACAGUGUCCGAGCGGAGAUUGAUGAGAUAUACCGCAGGCGAGACGAGAAAGAGAAGAGACUGAGAAGGGCGAAAGAUGAAGUCAAGCGACUGAAAGCCAAGAGACGACCAAACCGGAGGGACAUUGACGAAGCCAAAGAAACGUUGCGACGGAGGAAGCGUGAUUUGAAGGACAUUGAGGGUGCCUUAAAGCAAACGAAGCGCGAGAAGAAGUCUCUGACCAAGAAGAGGGAUCGUCUCAGCCUUCGCGUUUAA